AUGUCGCAACUUGGCACAUGCUCAUUGCCAGGAGCUGCAAUCUAUGGCACUUCAACUAGGAGAUUUGGAGGUUUGAAAUUACAGCAGCCUAAAGUUAAUCAUAUCUCAUUUGGUCAGAAAGUAUCUGCUAAAGCAACAUUGAGAAUUGUGAGAUGCAACGCCACUCAAACACAAAGUGUCCAAAAGAAAUCUUCAAGUGCAACUAUGCAACGUGAUAAAAAAGGGAAAGUCCAAGGGCCAAAACUGGAUGACGGGAGCGGUGGGUUCCCUCCAUUCCGCUUCGGCAAAGGUGGGGGUGGUGGUGGAGGCGGCGGAGGUGGCAGCAACUACUUUGGUGGAUUCCUUCUCUUCUCAUGCGUGCUGCUCUUAGACUACCUGAAGGAAUUUGAGAAGUACCUGCUUGCUCAGAGGCACCGAGCUGGAGAUGAUGGCGGCAAUGGGCUGCUGCAGGCAUGA